ACACUGCCUGCAAGAACCGGCCCCUAGACCUCGUCUUCAUCAUAGACAGUUCCCGCAGUGUCCGACCUGAAGAGUUUGAGAAAGUGAAAAUCUUUUUGUCGGAAAUGAUUGAUACUCUGGACGUUGGUGAAAGAACAACCCGUGUGGCGGUCAUGAAUUAUGCUAGCACUGUCAAGGUAGAGUUUCCCCUCCGGACCUACUUUGAUAAAGCAUCUAUGAAGGAGGCGAUAUCUCACAUUGAGCCCUUGUCUGCCGGCACAAUGACCGGCCUUGCCAUCCAAACUGCCAUGGAUGAAGUCUUCACUGAGGAAAUGGGCACCCGGCCAGCAGCCUUCAAUAUCCCCAAGGUGGUCAUUGUUGUGACAGAUGGACGGCCACAAGACCAGGUUCAAGAUGUGGCAGCAAGCGCCCGGACAGCUGGCAUUGAGAUCUAUGCAGUUGGGGUAGACCGGGCAGACAUGCAGUCCCUGAGGAUAAUGGCCAGCGAACCACUGGAUGAACACGUCUUCUAUGUGGAGACCUAUGGCGUGAUCGAAAAGCUGACAUCCAAAUUCAGAGAGACUUUCUGUGCUGUGAAUGUGUGUGCACUUGGGACCCAUGACUGCGAGCAGGUCUGCGUGAGUAACAGCGGAUCCUACCUCUGUGAUUGCUAUGAAGGCUACGCUCUGAAUCCAGAUAAGAGAACCUGCUCAGCUGUGGACGUGUGUGCACCUGGCAGGCAUGAGUGUGAUCAGAUCUGUGUGAGUAACAACGGAUCCUAUGUCUGUGAAUGCUAUGAAGGCUACACCCUGAAUCCAGAUAAAACGACAUGCACAGCCAUGGACAUGUGUGCACCUGGAAGGCAUGAUUGUGCACAAGUCUGUCUGAGUAAUGAUGGAUCCUACAGCUGUGACUGCUAUGAAGGAUACACUCUGAAUCCAGAUAAGAAGACUUGCUCAGCUGUCGACAUGUGUGCACGUGGAAGGCAUGACUGUGAGCAGGUCUGCGUGAGGGAUGAUCUGUUCUAUACCUGCGACUGCUACCAAGGCUACACCCUGAAUGCAGACAAGAAGACUUGCUCAAGAGCCAUAACAAGCAGUCUCGUAACAACUGAAGAGUCCUGUGAGUGUAAAGCCAUAGCUGCCCUGCAGGACUCUGUCACCUCACGACUUGAAGCUCUGUCCACAAAAUUAGAUGAAGUGACCAAGAAGCUGCAGGCAUAUCAAGGCAGACAGCAGGUUGUCUGA